UUCUUCUUUGUGGGAAAUUCAAAAGUUUUGGUUUCUGCAGGCGAUCAACGAGCCUUCCCGUUGGCUUCGAUUUAAAUUCAAAGCAAUUUCUAAUAGCUUGUUGUGUGUUGUUAGCCAAUUCCUGUUGCAGUUGAUUAAUAAACCAUUGCAGCUAAGGUCCAAAAGCAAGAUGUCUUCAUCUUUAGCUCGGACUUUUAGCAGCCCGUUCAACUCCAAAGUUGCUCAAGGAGCCAGAAAAUUCAUGUCACUUCAAGCAUCAAAUGCCUCUAAAGUUUUUACAAAUGAAAUUCAAGAGCUUUUCAAGGAGAGAACUAUGACAAGAAAAAGAAAAAAGAUCAUUAAUGAAAUCAUUGAAAGUGAAAAAUCAUACCAACAUCACUUGCAGCUGUUAAUCACGAUGUUUCUGGUUCCAAUAAAAGUUGGAGGCUUGGUUCCAAAAGCUGCAAUUGAGGCUAUAUUUGGUAACAUCGAAGGCAUUUGCUCUGUCAAUAUUCAGUUGCUGGAACUGAUGGAGGCAGAUGAUGUUGCAACUGCUUUAUAUAAGCUUGCUCCCUUCAUGAAACUUUAUUCGCUUUAUGCUAACAACUUUGAGAGGUCAAACAAAACUAUCGAGGAACAAGAAAAGAAAAACCCCGAUUUUGUUGCGUUUAAAGAAUUACAAGAGAAUAAAGACGAAAUGAAUGGAUUAAAACUCAGGGCAUUGUUGAUUACUCCGAUUCAGAGAAUACCAAGGUAUAAACUGCUUCUUGACACACUUCUGGAAAAAACCACGCCUGACCAUCCGGAUUACCAGAAGCUUCGAGAUGCCUGCGCAGAAGUAAGCAAGGUUGCUACGCAUAUCAAUGAAUGUCUUCGCCUUCACGAAAACUUCAACAAAAUGCUCAGCAUUCAGAACAGCCUUGUUGGCGAUGGUGCUCCUAGAAUUCUUGCUCCAGGAAGAAAAUUUUUGCGAGAAGGCAUGCUAUCAAAGGUUUGUGAAAGAGGAGGAUCAAAGGAUCGGAUGUUUUUCUUGUUCAACGAUAUCUUAAUUUAUGCAAAGAAAGAAUCUCUGAGCACAUACAGUUGUCGUGGUGUCUUUCCUUUAAUCAACUGUAUGAUUGAGCAAGUAAUGGGUGGAACUCGUGGACCCUCAGAAGGUGGAGCUCUUUUCAAGGUUAUUUGCAAAGGCAAGACCUUAUUGCUUUAUUCAACUUCAAAGCAGAAUGCGAGAUCUUGGGUGAGAGAUAUAAAAAAUGCGAUCAGCGAGCUCCAUACUAACCUCGCAUCAUUACGGCGUGGAGACACGGAUCCUUUCACCCCUCCUGAUGCUGCAUUUAAGCGAGACUCAAAAAUGAGGCGUUCUAAAGGUGCCAAAGAGCUGUUGAAGAAAAACAACCCAAUGUCUCCAAUUCAGCGAUUGCAAAGCUAUGUAAGCCCAAGGCAGGAUAUUCUUUAUCCCAUGCGAAAGGACAUUCUCCCUCAGCUUACGGACACUGCAUCGCAACCGAACUUCAUGGUCUACGAGGAAAAAACAAAUUUGUUACAGUCAUGCCUCAGCUCAGCUAAAAAGGACAAUAGCAUGAAGCCGAGGCUGCGAAGACUGCAUCUUGACGAUUCAUAUAGUAAAACUUCAACGCUUGCCAACCCGACGCGAGAACUUCGUAAAAGAGGCCACAAAGAAAUGGAUGCCAGCUCGGGAAAUUGUAAAUCACCCGUUCGUUUUUCAACAGCUAAUGAUGCUGAAUUAGAUAGCAAUAUCAAUCAGAGGCUGAUUGAUACUCGAAAGCAGGCAAAGAGACAGGCUCUUUCUCCGGGGUGUUUUGGAUCAGCAAAGAAGGCUCGAAGCCUUCAAGAGGAAGCUUAUGGUUUAGAUUCAGUUGCUCCACCUGAGUCUUUGUUUGAAAAGGAGAAUGAAUUGCAUGGAGAUCUGCAAAGAACAAAUGACCCUUCUGAAUUUUCAGUAAACAAACCAGAUUUAAAGGUUGAGGUCCAGCAUUUGAAGGCAACUAGUAAUAAGGAGGUUAAUACAGUUUCGAAGGCUGGUAAGGGGGUGGACGUUGGCUCGAAAAUCUGGAGCUUAACAGAUGAUAAUGAGAUUAGCAAGAAACGGAAAAAGAAGGGAGCAAUUUACCAAGCAAAAUCAAAGGUAUCGAAAUUACGACGAAGAAAUAGGAGACUGAGCACUAGUCGUCCAUACCAGAAAUCUACGUCAUGCUCUGAUGAGCCCAUGCUUAGUGACAACAACGAGAACAGUAGCUUGCUUGUUGGAACAAAAGGAAAAUUCAAGAAAAUCAACACUCCUGUUGGAGACCAACGAAACCUGAGCUCAGAAAGAACCGAAAGUGGAUCAAGCAGCUGCAUAAUUAUGUGAAGUCAUUCAAGCAGCUGCAUAAUUAUGUGAAGUCAUUCAAGCAGCUGCAUAAUUAUGUGAAGUCAGUCAAUAAUAUUUCUAUCUUGCCUCCUGUAUAAUCAGCAAUUUUGAAAAUGCCGAAUAUCUUGCUUAGUUGUUAUAUUUUGUUAGAAUUUACUUAAGAUAUAAAAUGCAUAUUCUUUGAAGUCUUUACUUCAAGUUUCAAAAGCUGUUUAAACAUAGCAUAAGUUCCCGAUUUAGGUUAGUUGAAGAGAAACAGCCUCUUUGAUGGUGCGUUCCAUUUUGUGCAGUGAAAAUGUUUCUACUUAAAUGAAACAAUAGCUGUAUUGAUUGCGUCUAAUACGAUUGUGCCACCUCGAAGCAAAUUGAGAACGGUAUAAAAACCAGGAAACGAAUCAAGCAUGAAGUCUAAUUUGAAUUGAACGACUUCUUAAGACCAGCAUUGAGGUGUUUUGGACAGUGCUUCUACGCCAUGAAGCUGCAAUCUGCAUCUUGUCUUGUGAUUGGUCAUCUAUUGUUUACUUGACCAAUCAAAUUCACUGCCAGAUGUCUGGUGAAAAAGACGGUAACAAACACGUAUCGGGAAACAUGAAUCUUUGGGCAUGUAUAGCCUUUCAUUGGUCUCAGGAAAUCAUAGAAAGAUGUUAUUAGAAGUUAGGGGGCGGAUCCCCCUCCCCUGUCCUCUACUAAGGCAAUACCAGGGAAGUUCAUGAGAGAAUAAAAAUCAAUUUGAAGAUUAAAUAUCAUUUGCCUGAUUUGAAAAGCUCAAUUGAAACCCAAAAAGGUAAGAAUUGCUUUCAUCGUCGCUCCAUAUUCAUUUUAUAAUUAUAUUCUGCUCUGCUCUGGCCUUUAAUAGUAAAUACACAGAAGUAUAGGAAUAAUCCUUGGCCUAUUUUGUAUACACAUUUGCCCGACCAUAAUUGCUCUUAAUGCCCAAUAAUUGUACAAAUGUAUAUUGUAGUAUAACACCUUUCCUUUUGUGAUGUUGGUAACUCGUUGUUUAUUUUUUGGAGAAGAAAGGUGAUUAUCGUAAAAGUAUGUUUUGAGGGCCUUAAAAAAAUUCUUAGAAGUAGCUAAUUUUCAUUAGUUCUGUCAUUUGUCAUUUAGAAUGGGCAACAAUUUCUUUUGGAUCAUUUUUGUGGAUCAUACUAUUUAUACUCAAGUAUUUUUGUUGGUGAAAUGACAGUUAAUCUUUUAAUGGUACGGCCUUUAAUCUUAUUCCCUAUGAAUCAUUUGCCUUGUUGUUGUUUAUGUUGGUUAUGUUGGUUAUUUUAAAGCAGAAGGUGACUGCUCGAUUACCAAUAACUCCAAUGUGACUGCCAAGGGACAACAGAAUUGUUUUGCAGUAAAUUUCAUGUAAUUCGAUGUAUUGUAAUACUUUUAACGCUAACGUUAGCUCAUUGAUAUUUUACUUCUUAAUCUAGAUUAUCUCUUUGUAAUGUGUAGCCUAGAUAUAUAUCUUA